UGUCAUUUCUCCAACCUCCAAAUGGAGACGUCAAUUUUAUUUUCUCCAAAAUAUUUUUAUUGAUUAUGUAACGUAUUGUUGGUAUUUUCGAUAAAAAAGCGUUUCAGUUAGCUACCUAGUGUGUAUUAUAAAUAAAAGGGGUAUACCAUAAGAGGAGAAAAUGACAAAAGUUUGUCGUUUAUGUCUUACAAAGUUGCAAAGAGGUACAAAAUACUUCAACAUCAAUGCAGUUGAGAGUUUCACAGGCUUUAUGCCUUACAGAGACCAGUUGACGACAUGUAUACCAGAAAUGGCUUUGGACUUAAUACCGAAUCCAGUUAUUUGCAAUAACUGUCGAACAGCCCUGAAAUCAUCGUACGUUUUUAAGUCAAGAUGCCUCCUAGUAGAGAAAAAAAUUAGGCAGCACGUCGAAAGCCAUCCUUCAAAAACAUUAAUGUAUAAUCUCGCCGAUAUAGAUACUUCAAGUUUACCCAAGGCCGCUAAAUACGAAUCAGAAAUUCAAAGAGAAUCUCCCCACAAGAAGCCAGUCGCAAUAUUACCAAAAAUCGAGGUAGCUGAGCAGCCAGUAUCCUUGCUUUCAAAUCUAUUAUCAUCUGCUACUGAGUCGGUCCCUUCAUCUGAUCCAAGAGAGCCAGAGUUUUUAAAUAUAUCUGAGUCGAAUUUUGAAGAAGAAAACACAAACAGUGAUAAAAUACCGGCAAAGAAAAAAUCCAGAGAAAUUAUUGGUUCGGAGCUCAUGUCUUGUAAUCGUUGUGAUAAGCAAUUUUCAAGUGUUUCUUUGAUGCAUAUUCACAAGAUGCGAGUCCACGAGGAAGAUUAUAUUUGUAACUUUUGUAAUGUUGCCUUCAAAACAUUACAAAAUCUACGAAGACACAAUCAACAGUGUCAGAAAUUGAAAAGUGUUAAUACGAGCGAUUCCGUUCUGUCAAAAAGGCCGCAUCUUCCAGCAAAAGCAAAGAAUCACCUUAAGAAGUGGUUAUUUAGACAUACGGAACAUCCUUAUCCGACAGAUGUGGAAAAGCAACAGUUAAUGAAGGAGACGAAUUUAUCAUUGUUGCAAGUGGAAAAUUGGUUUAUUAAUGCCCGAAGAAGAAUAUUGUCCGAUUUAACGCGACUGAAAUAUAUGAGGAGAAGAUCUCGACCCUCAGACCGUAUAGAGCUUGAAGAGUCUGAGGAGGUGAUGAUGCGUUAUAGAAACGAAGGAGAUAUUCCGAAUAUUCGAUUGAUUAGUGAUCUUAUCGAUCCAUUGACAGCCGGUUUGGAUGACGCUAGCGAGAGCCCCGAUACUCACAAUAACAGUACUGAAACUGAAGAUGAAAAUUCAGGGAAAAAUAUAAAGGAAGAAGAGUCAUCUGAAAAUUCAGAGGAAGAGGAAGAUCCCCUAGAAAAUAUUCCGCUUAUCAAGAUCGCUAAAAGGAUUAAAAUAGAAGUAGAUGAACGAUAAAAUAGCGUUGCUUAAUUAUAAGAUAGAAUAAUGAAAUCAUUUUCAAAGUGAAUUAGAUAUUGGAUUAAACUAAAAAAAUAUUUUUUUUGUUGGUAAACAAAUACUUUUUAUUUUUACGUUCGCACUACAAUUUAUUAGGUAUAUAUGUAUGAGAAUAUGGUGUAUUUUAGUUCCUUAGUUUUUAUACAAAUUUUCUUUAAUAUAUAUUUUCCAUUUUUUAAUAAAUUUCUUCAUUUACACUGUCAUAUACAGAGUGUCCCUUUAGGUUAGGUUAGGUUGCUGGGAUUUGGGAUCCUGUUUGAUUCCUUACUCGGAGGCCUUGGAUCCAUUGCGAUGUCGCUGAUGUUGGCUUCUGCUCUGCUUCUAUCAACUAACAACUAACUUCUCUCAACUAAACUAUCAAAGAAUAAUGAGACUUCUUAUAAAAUUAACACUUUUAUUUCAUUAAAAUUACAGGUAAUAUUUUAUAAAUUACUUUAGAAGUAUUUACAAUAUAUCUAUUUGAAAUUAAGCUAACAUUUCAUUUUUUUUUCAUAUCAAGGUGUGACAAUUUGGAAUGUUGAUGUAAAUUAUACCAUAUGAUGAAAAUAUAAACGGCGUCAGUUAUCAUAGAAAUACUAACGAUGACAUUUUAUAUGUAAAAUUAUAUGGUGAAUGAUAUCGCUCGGCAUUUCUACAAAAACUUAAACGCGGCGCCUUUUUUAAUCAUACAGUGUUGUCAAAGUAAAAUAUACAGUUUAUGAAUGAAAAUUGUCUGGUAUUUUGGCUAGAUUAUUAAAAAUGUUCUCAUUUGUAAUAGUUACAUAGAAUAUUUGUACAGUAUCAGAGAUAAAGUCCGAAUUAUAUGGGCCUUUUUUUGUGCACGUCCUUGGGUGAAAUUUGACAUCGACAAUAGUUUCUGCUUUAAAUU